CAAAGCGGCAUGGCCUCGUCCUGUGAGCAACGUGAAUGUAAACAUGCAGGCCACGGUGACCUCGUAAUUGAAAAAUACAGUAUUUUUAGUUAAACUAGUUUCUCUGAUCAGACUUCGUUAUGGCUUACCGAGUGUGCGGACGGAUUUUGAGGCGGUGCGCCGUCGUCCUCUCCAGAGAGACUGUCGUGUCUGCCCGACGUGAAAAUGCGUCAUGGUUUCUGUCAGCGGGAAGUGCUGCCUGCAGCCGGUGGAGGAAUGGAUUCAGCUUUGCUCCCGCCUGCUUUAUUACAUCGGAUGCAUUCCUGAGUCGACUGACGAGGGGCAAGGCAGCAGAGACAGAUGGCAGCCUUUAUCGCCACCCAGCCUCCGUUCCACCUGACAGCGGAGAACAACUGUCGCUAUUAAUGCAAGAUCCAGAUCAGCCUGAGAACUCAAAGGUAUUGAAAGUGGCCAUAAUAGGUGCUCCAAAUGCAGGAAAGUCCACGUUGUCUAACCAGCUCCUUGGGUCAAAGGUGUUUGCAGUGUCCAAGAAAGUCCACACUACCCGGUCACGCUCCCUUGGUGUCCUAACAGAGGAUGACACACAGAUAAUUUUACUCGACACCCCUGGUCUCACCACUCCAUCAAAAGUCAAAAGACACCAACUGGAGAAGUCUUUGCUGGUGGAUCCCUGGAGCACAGUCAAGGAAGCGGACCUGAUGGUGGUCAUGGUGGAUGUGGCAGAGAGGUGGACGUGCGACAGGCUUGACUUCGAGGUGCUCAAAUGCCUGGCCCAGCACCCUGACAUCCCUGCAGUCUUGGUCCUCAACAAGGUGGACCAGGUGAAGAAUAAGAACAAGCUGCUGGAGCUCACAGCGGUGUUGACAUGUGGAGUGGUGAACGGAUGCAGAAUGCGGGUCAGGCCAGUGAUCAAGCCUCCUUGGGCUGAAAAGAGGCCAGUCCAGGCAGUAGGACCUCCAGAGUUAUCAUCAUCGCCUGAGCAGGACAGCACAGGGCUCGAGGACGGCGCUGAGACAAAGUCUGUGCUGAGCAAGGAGCAGCUGAAGGCCCUGAGGAACCAGCAGGGCUGGCCUCACUUCAAGGACGUCUUCAUGCUCUCCUCUGUGGACCGGGAGGACGUGGAGACACUGAAGAGGUAUUUGUUGGUUGCGGCCAAACCAGGAGCGUGGCAGUACCACAGCGAGGUCCUGACCGACCAGACUCCACAGGACGUCUGCGCCAACAUCGUCCGGGAGAAGCUUCUGGAGUAUCUGCCCCAAGAAGUUCCCUACACGCUGACACAGUCUGUUGAACUCUGGCAAGAUGGAGAAAAUGGGGAGCUCGAUAUAUCUGUGAAACUUUAUGCCAAGAAAGACACUCACAUGAGAAUGGUGAUUGGCGCAGCUGGCCAAAUGGUGGCACGGAUCGCCCGAGAGGCUGGGGAGGACCUGAGCAGAGUCUUUCUGAGGGAGGUGAGGCUCAGACUCUCAGUCAAGUUGAGGAAGUAAAGAAGAUGGAGGGAUUGAGACUGUUGAAACCUAAACAGGUGUAAACGGAUCCUUCUGGAUUUGAGACAACCUUCCUCACCGGUUCCCGCAAAGGCCACGGCUGAAGAGGAGAAGUACGGAUAAGAUCUCAUCACGACUGUGAGGUGGAAAAUAUACACAGCAACAGAGCUCCCAUUGAGCCGGUUCCUGUGUAGCUACUGUGAAAGGUUACCAAAACAAAGAUGAUCAUAUCGUUACAGGAAGACUGCUCUGAAUAUUGACUUUUGUGUCCUUGCUGUUCCUGUGACUUAACACAAGUUUAAGACUUCAAUUGAAAGAUGCUACCUAUAUGGUAUUGUCAUUAUAUUAGUGUCAAACGGUCAUGACACAUUUUAGUGCCAGAAGAACAGGCAAGGAAAUACACACCAAAAGCAUCAAGGUGGAAAACUAAUAAAAUACGACAAAAAGAAAGCAGCUUAAUCAAGAUGUAGAAUUGAGCGUAUUGAGACAUUAUUGCUCUUCAACUGGCAAUGAUUUACAGAGUCUGUGUCGCUUUUUUCUAUCAUCAAAUGGAUAUUUUGGCACAAGUUUUAAGGCAGUGUUUGUGGCCGAGGGGGCCGGGCGAGCUGUGAAAAGGUUGAUGGUUUAUCUUGGGCUCUCAGCGCACUUAACUUGGCGGGAACCUUGUGCUUGCGCGGCCUGUAGAUAACUGAAGUGGGACCUGCACAGUCAUGUUCACUCAAAUGUCCCUGAUGUACCAUCCAGCCCUAUUCCCCGCACUCGCUCUUCACUUUAAGUCUCUUCCACUGCCUUUGAAGUACAGCCAUCCCUUUGAGUCUCUCUUUUUUAUUCCUCCGCUUUCCUCAGUUUUCUCCCUCUCUGUUUUUUCCUCUCUCUCUCUCUCUCUCUCUCUCUCUCUCUCUCUCUCACACACACUUACAAAGCUGUGCUCUACCCCUAAGGACUGAAUUGUCUCCCUAAUGGAUGGCAAAAUGGAGCACUAACCUGAUGCUAAAAUGGGUCAGAUAAUGGUGAUUAGAUUCAUUCCUGCUGCCUGUGAGUUAACUCGACGGUUACUCUAUCCAGGGCAUCUUGAUGAAUAACCAGCUAGUGGCCUAAAGCAAGGGCGAAGAGAGGGAGAGACGGAGCGGGAGAGGCCGGGCCUUGAAUGUCUCACAGAAGCUGUGUCACCCCCUGAGGCUCUCCCUGCUCUCUGCAGUGGCUGCUUCCCCGUGAUUAGACGAGCAGUUGCACAGCAAAGAUCACCACCGAGACAAGCCAACUGCUGUUUGGAAACGUUACAUCUGAAAGUAACCCUUCAAACACAGUAUAGUUGCAGCGCUGUCAGCCUACUUCACAUGUGUCGUACACCAAAUAACAAGUUACUCGUUUGUCUCAGAACAAAAAGAUUUAUUUCACACAUACAUCUCACUUACAAAUGGGAUCAAAUUGGAAAAACAGCAUGCCCAAAAACCGUCUCAGGGUUAAUCUCUCCUUCUCCCGCAGCUCAUCAGUAACAUGCCAAUCCCCGAAGUUGCUUUUCUUUCAUCCUUACAGUCCAGAUGACAUUGAGCAGAGGCCAGAAAACCCUUACCAUUACUAAAACUCAGUAAUGGUAACGGUUUGAUCGCCCCUCUCUGCGGUGUCCAGCUCACGACGGGUAGCUCCGCCUCGCUGUGUGUCUCGCUGACAGGCUCGGAGAGGGAAUGAAACCCUGGAUAGUACAUCAUCUAUACUGUAGUGUCUCUUUAAUGAACUUACAGUAUAUGAUGAUAUCCUGUCCAGGGCACAAGACCAACAUUUUCCAGCGUGCUCCUGUCCUCUCAGUGUCCCUGCAAGACAGAGGUAGAGCAGGCGCAUGAACAUUUGCACAUCAUUAGAGACUGCAUAUUGGUGCUUUGGGUUCUAAUACGGUAAAAAAUGCUAAAUGAAAUCAAUGUAUUUAAAUGGAUUACUCAAAAAGCUGCUGUUAAAUAAAAUAUCUGCCUAUCUUGAUGUGUCUGUCUGGAUCACAGAGUGUACAAAGGGCAGGCCCUCACCCUGAACCAUCAACAUGUGGCUGCAUGACGCCUCAGUGAAAUCCUCCCUGUGUGUACAUACUCACCUUUCUGUGUCAUUGUCUGUGGUCUUUAGUCAUUUACGGCUUGACGGCGCCUUUCUCACAUCAGUGUCCUUACUUUAUGGCUGGCAUGUCUCCAUGUCUGGUUCACAGGCUGCUAACAGCUCACAAAUGUGCCUCCUGGGCUUGGCACUUAAAGGCCCUCUGGCUCAUUAGCAUACUGUGAUGGCAUCUGGGCUGGACCAGAGAGCUAGGGGCUGAACUCUUAUCUGCUCCCAACCUGAUUGCCUCCAUCCAAUGAUGGCCCACACCCUUAUUACACUCUGGUGAGCUGGUGAUACAUGCAUACCUAAAAAAAAAAAAAAA